AUGAUCAGGUUUGACCAGAAAGAGCAGAGGAGCUUCCUGGGGGCUCGGAAGGAUUACUGGGAUUUCCUCUUCACUGCCCUGCGACGACAGCGGGGAUGCACGGAGCAGAUCAGCUUCGUAUGCUCACAGAGCAAGCUGAAGACCUCUCUGGGAAAGGGUCGCGCCUUUAUCCGGCUCUGCCUUGCCUGUGGACAGCUGGCCGAGUCAAUGCAGUUGUGCCUCCUGAGCCCAGAUCUCACUAGGGAAUGGUAUGGUCCCCGGAGCCCUCUGCUGUGCCCUGAGCUCCAGGAAGAAAUCUUGGACUCUCUCUAUGCCCUCAACGGAAUUGCCUUCAACCUGGACCUGCAGCGGCCAGACCUGGAUGAAGACUGGCCCAUGUUCUCAGAGUCCCGCCGCUCCAAUCCCAGCCGGACCCAGGAAAGAAGACCCGGAAAGCCUGAAGGUUUCCCAAAGGAGGCGAGCUGCUCCAGAGGACAGCUACAGGGACCAGACGCCCGUGGAACCAGCUGUCUGCAAGAUGCACCCAAGGAAGACCACCAACAUGACCUCCCUACCCCCUUGCAGCAUGGCCAUCUUCCCACCUCUUUGGAAAAGAAGAGAGAGGAUUCCAGGAGCCUCAGUUGUCCCCAGAGCAUUCGAGAAACAGAAGGGGAUGAAUUUCAGCUAGACCAGAAGGAAGGAGGCCCAAAGAACAGAAAAUCCCCAAAGAAUUCAGCAGCAUGCAGCCAGCGACAGAGGGAAGGAGCUAAGGAGGCACAAAAGGAGGUGACAGGAAUAGAAAAUGGAGGCACAGGAAGUCUGACAAUGACAGAAGGCCAGAGAACAACAGAAGGGACCCAGGAAAGGGAAGCAGACUGGGACCAUGACCAAGGGCUGGUGACCCCCAGCCUUCAAGGAAGGGUAGACAACAGAGCAUUCAGGAACAGGCAGGGGUGGGAUCAGCCUAGUGUUCUAGGGCAGCUCUGUGUCCUGCAAGGCCUGGGAAUAAAGGAAGACUCCUCCACAGAGAAGCCACAAGAGUGGACAGGAGUGAGCAGUAUGAGCAGGCAGAAGAAUCGAGCAGAAGAGCCAUUGCAGGAGGUGGUCAAGGACCCCAGGUAUGAGCUCCAGCUGGCAAAGGAACAGGCCCAGCGCCAGGAGCAGCUGCUGCAGGCCCAGGAAAGAGAGCUGCAGACACUCCAGGAGCAACUCAGCAGGUGUGAGGCAGAAAGAGCCCGCUUGCAAAUGAUGCUGGAACAGAAGCAGCAGGAGGCUGAGAGGAGGGAGGCCAUGUAUGAGAAGGAGCUGGAAGGGCAGAGGGACCUGGUCCGGGCCAUGAAAAGGAGAGUGUUGGAGCUGAUUCACGAGAAGGACCACCAGUGGCAGAGGCUCCAGCAGCUGUCUACCGUGGCCACUGGACACUGCGCAGACUGCAACAAGGUCUUCAGGCGUCUGUCUCGGCGCUAUCCCUGCAGGCUCUGUGGAGGCCUGGUGUGCCAUGCCUGCUCUGCAGACUACAAGAAGAGGGAGCACUGCUGCCCAGCCUGUGCCCAGCGGGAAGAAAUCCAGAUCAGCUGA